AUGCACAAGAUAACCAAAGGCCUGAAAAAGAAGAAAAAAGGGAAAAAAUCUAAAAAAGGCGAAGAAGAACUUUUCAAACCCGAAGAAUUAGAAAAGUACCGCAAACAGCAUCAGGGUACCAGCGAAGAACCCGCGGCACAAAACGAAGAGUGGAAAAAAUUCUUGUCGCUCACAUCGGGCGUCGAUGACGUUCUAAAGAAGACCCAAGGCGAUUUAGAUCGGAUCAAAAGCACUUCGUUCUUUCAACGAAAACCUACCGAUAGCGAGGUUAAAAAAUUUCGAGAGGAACAGUUAGCGGAAGAAAGACAAAAGGCUGAAGCUCAAAAGGAACGGGAACCGCCCACUGCAGCUGAAUUAGGUAUUGUAGAAGUAUCAGAAUCCGAAUCUGAAGAGGAAGAGGAUGAUAAUAUCUUCGAUACUACGUAUAUUGACGCAUUAGAAGCUGCAGAUGUAAAAUUAGCCUACAUUCCUGAAUCUCCCACAGACAAUCUCGAUGGAGAUGACCCUUUCGACACCUCGUACGCAGAGAGAGCUAUUUUGGGACCAGAAGUACUAAGAAAAGGAAAGAAACUCGUUCCUCUUGGAGCAGCCGUUGAAGUACUUACUGGCAGGGUUCAGUUACCGACUUGCGCUACAAAAAGACCUACAGUAAAUAGAAGGCAGAUACUUAAACAACAGGACCUCCUGUUAGGGAGUUUCGAUGAAAGUACAUAUACUGAUGCAGUUAAAGCUAACAUUGAUGUUUCUGAAGAAAUUCCAAAAACUCUUCUAGACGAAGAUCCAUUACCCUUGGGCGACGAACCAAUUGAUUUGAACAAUCUCAUUCCAUAUCCUGAAGCUCUACCUAUUGUAACUGCUUCCGAAAACAAAGAUAAGAAAGACUUCCUUAGCGAAUUUGAUACUAUUAACAAAGCAGAAGACGAAGACGAUAUCGAAUUUGAAGCAUUAGCUGCUGAGAGUUUAUCAAAAGCUCCAGUUGUUAUUCAGAACUUGCCGGUGGUUGAUGCUGUUGUUGUAAACUCUGAAAAUAUCAAGUUUGGAGCAUUUGGACAAGAACCUAAGCCAGAAUCCGAUCAAGAAGACGUUGAAGAUGAUCCGUUCGAUACAGCGUUCGUAGAAAAAGUUAUACCAAUUUCUAAUGACAAAAAAGUGUCCACUACAGAAAGAAAAAGACCACCAAGGCCAAGU